CCUGAACGCACAAGUUCACUGGGUGCAGUGUGUAUGCGUUGGUAAAUUGUGACAAAGAAUGGCAUCCAGCGCUGUUUAUUCGCAUAGAGACCCUAUGCUUAAGAAGAGAGAUGACUUUGAGGACAUUUUGGAGGAAAGGAGGAACUCCAGCGACUUGAGAUACGCCCUCAGGUGUUACACUCCGGUUCUCUAUAAAGGCGUGGUACCCUGUAAAUCCAGCAUGCUGAAGAUCAUGGUGCUUCAGUCUGAUCAACUACACUACGUCAUCAAUCAGGUUUCCAAAGAGACGGGCAGGGAGACUGAUGACGUCAAGGACGAGGCGUCAUCCAUCUUGGACGAGAUGGCUCACUGUCAGCAGCUCAGCACCGUUCGCUUCUUUGCCUUCACACUCAGCAAGGUCUUUAAAUCCUUGUUCAGGAACAUCUGUGUCAACGAAGAGGGCAUCCAGAGGCUCCAGCAGGCCAUCCAGGAGCACCCGGUAGUCCUGUUACCCAGUCACCGCAGUUACAUGGACUUCCUGCUGAUGUCAUACCUCCUGUACACCUACGACCUGUCUCUGCCUGUCAUUGCUGCUGGCAUGGACUUCAUGGGGAUGAAAAUUGUUGGGGAGAUGCUCCGGAUGUCUGGAGCUUUCUUCAUUCGGAGGUCAUUUGGUGGAGACAAGCUGUAUUGGGCUGUCUUCUCGGAGUAUGUCAAGACCAUGCUCAAGAAUGGAUAUGCACCAGUUGAAUUUUUCCUUGAGGGCACCAGAAGCCGGACAUCCAAGUCUUUGACUCCAAAGUUGGGUCUGUUGAAUAUAGUCUUGGAUCCGUUCUUUAAAGGCGAGGUGUUUGAUGUUAACUUGGUCCCAGUCAGCAUCAGCUAUGAAAGGAUCUUGGAAGAGACGCUUUAUGCCAGAGAGCUGUUGGGUAUUCCCAAACCCAAGGAGUCCACUUCAGGUCUGUUCAAAGCCAGAAAGGUCCUCAGUGAAGACUACGGCAGUAUCAAUGUGUACUUUGGUCAACCUGUGUCUGUUAGAAGUUUAGCCGAGGGCAGAGUUAACCGCGGCCAGUUCAACCUAGUACCAAGACACAUCCCCAGGAGGCACGGUGAGGACAUCCACAGCUUUGUGAGUGACUCUGCCUAUAAGCUGGUGCGGGCCCAGGAGGAGAACAUGGUCCUGAAGCCGUGGGUCAUUCUCGCCUCCCUGCUGCUCCAGAACCAGGCGGCGGGGCAGAAACAGGGGAUAGCACUGGACGAGCUGACUGCACAGGCCGUGUGGCUCAGAGACCUGUCCCGGCAGUACGGAGCCUUCCUCCACUGGCCCGAACACAUUCCUCCAUCAGAAGUAGUUUCCUCCAGUCUUUCCCUGCAUCGAGGUCUAGUGAGGAUCUGUGAGGGAAAAGUCCAGCUGGCAGUGGAACAAGAAGUUGGACCAGUGGUGCCAGCGGAGCCUCGCAGUACCGUCACUCCGGAAGAGAAGCUCUUGAGCCAGGCGGUCAUCGUGCUCUCCUGCGCCUCCUACAGGAACCAGGCGCUGCACGUCUUUCUCCGGCCGGCUCUGCUGGCCUCAGCCAUCCACACUGCCUCCUCCAACCAGAAACAGGAGGUCUUCAACAGUUUCAGCUUCCUAAGAAACAUGUUUUCCAAUGAGUUCAUCCUCUGUCCUGGAGCUACAGUAGAGGACUUUGAGGAGGCCUGUUACCUGCUGGGGAAGACCGGAGCUCUGCAGGUUACCCAGCAGGAGGUUCUGGUAACGGAAAGAGGACACAGAACACUGGCCUUUCUCAUCAGUAUGCUGGAUCCCUUCUUACAAGGAUACCAGGUGGUGUGCCGGUUUCUGUGUGAAGAGGCCACUGAGACUCUGACAGAAAAACAGUUUAUUCCUGCUGUCCGGAAAUUCAUCAUCAAACAUCUUCUAGCAGGUAGACUCAGGUAUGCAGAAGUGUUGUCGUCUGACCUCCAGAAAAACUCUCUGGCGGCUUUUCUAAGACUUGGAGCUGUACAGAAAAUUAAAGGUGUGGAUCCGGUGACGUUAAAGGUCAACAAGGUGAUGGUGAACUCAUUGGAAGACACUCUAGGUGGAAAACUGCCCACUCAGAAGGCUGUGGUCGCUCGCCUCUAAUUCACCGACCUCGUUAGCCAAAAGGGGAUGAGGACUGUCGAUAAUUUUUACCGGCAUCCAAUGAUGUCUCAGCUUUUCUUCAGCCAAACAAAGGAAUUGCCAUCUGGUGACAGCUUAAUUUAUUUUCUCUUUUCAAUAUGCCCUUUUGCUCUCUCUCUCUUCUCUCUCUGUUCUUUCUAUUAAAAAAAGCUUUUAUAUAUGUUAAUAAAGCCAGAUGAUGAGUUCAGCCUGCAAAGGUUUAUUUGCAAGCUCUUUGCAUCAUUUUGAAAAGCUGACCUUUUGCUAUGAGCAGCCUUGUGAAAGCUUUUCAAUGUGCCAACUCCACUCAGGAUAGUGGCCAUUCUCCGUUAAUGCAUUUGAUGAAUAUCCUCUAACACUCAGUGUGGCUUUUCUUUGUGUUCUUCUUUUUCAUGUCUGUUUGUUUAUUAGCUGUUAGACAUGUCUCUCUUAUUUUGAGCACUUUAAUGAAUUUAUUCAUGCUAUGUGGUGUGGACCUAUAUAUUAACACUCUUUUGAGAUACUGCUUUCUUUUUUUUUGUGGAACAAAAGUUACUUAAAAGUGGUUGAUUUGAAGAUUUGGUUGGUUACAUGAUUUGGCUUAUUGUUAAAAACCUUUUCUUUUGCACAGUUUGAACGAAAGAGUUUAUAUAUUUGAGUUGAACUUCCCACUGACCCAAUGCCUACUUCAAGAAUAGCUUAUUCAAGGUGUCAUUGUUGGAUUUAAAGCCCCCCUCAGGUCUUUUGCCAACACUCAGAGCUACAUUCAUCUUUGUUUACACAGUGGAAGUAAUGCUACAAGCACAAUACCAGUGUUGCAUAGUUGCCAAACUCCAUAUAAAAUUGCCUUUAGUUAUUCUGAAGCACUAGCAGCUACACCAAAGGAACAAGUUUUAAGUUUUUGUUCACUGUAGCAGAUCAUUUAUAUAUUUUCUCAUGAUCUCAAGUCUAGAAUAGUUAGUGAUUUGAAGUCAGAAUAUAUAAAAGUUUAUUUAUAUUCAAAGGGAUUUACACUUGAUGUGUUUUUUUUACAGUUGAAGGGAGGAAAGCCAAAAUAAGUAAAACAUGAGCAUUAGCUGAAAGAAAGAAACUCAGAGCAACAAAAGUAGCAGACCAAUGGGUGAAAUACUUAGGUUGACCUAGUUAACAGACAUGUUUUCAAAUCAGAUUAGUUUUAAAUAAUUUUAGUUUUGGAGCUAUUUAUUUUGUGAUUAACGUUUUCUUUAAAUCUUAAAUUCCAGUGCUGGCAACAGAUUUAGGGUUUUACAGAAAUUGGCAGAGCAGCUUUUAGACAGAAUAAAUUCUUAGUUGAGUUAAACUUUGUGGUAUAACCAAACAGCAACAGGUAUUCGGACACUUAACUUGCACUGUGACCAGACAAGAACAUAGGUUUAAUUUGAUUCCUUGGGUAUUGCUUGAAAUGUUUGUUUAAUAGUUGCCAAUACGCUACAAAAAACUUUUUUUCUCUCUCUUUUAAAGGGCCUAUCUAUUAGCAGACAUGGAAUACAAUUUUCAUAACUAUGUUUUCUUGAUUGUAUAGUCACCUAAAAACUAAGAAUGUGUUUCUGUUAGCUCAAAAUGAGCCAUUUUAUGCUACACAGGGAGCGGGUCCUCUUCAGAGUACGCCAUGUUACGCUGCCAUGUUUCUACGGUAGCCCAUAACGGACAAAUCAAACUCCAGAGAGGGUCUUUGGCAUAUUUAUGUUACCUCAAGGCAUUACAUUACAUUACAUUACAGUCAUUUAGCAGACGCUUUUAUCCAAAGCGACUUACAGGAAGUGUAUUCAACAUAGGUAUUCAAGAGAACUACUAGUCACCAGAAGUCAUAAGUGCAUCUCCUUUCUUAAACAAGCAUCUAAAAGAGUUAAGGCCACAGUAGUUUGUUGUACAGCUGCCGCUGCCGUCUUGCUUCUGUUGUUCCUUAAGUAGUGUUGUUAUAGUAAGGAUGGUUUCUGAGCGCGGCCAAUGGCAUUCCCGCGGCUUUGUACUCAGCAACUCACGUUAUCUCAGCGGCCGUAAUUUGAGCAAAAAACAUUCUAAUUUAAAACAGUAAAUGUCUUAUUCCAUGCCAACUUUCAGAACCUGACACUAGUCUUAGCUUUCUGAAGGACUGUAGUAGACUUCAGUAGUUUCAAACAAAUUGUCAAUAAACAGGUUUUGAAAUAAAGGGGCAUCACCUGUUUGCUUGACUGAUAUCAAAUGCUCAUGACUUGAAACCAGCCUAUAAGAACUCAACAAUAAUAUAAUUGCCACCUCAAACUUCUUUAAUCGCCAAAUUUGCCAGACACAAAAUUUGUACGUUUUGAAGCUUGACACACUUCAACUCACUGAAGUUAACCAACUACUAAGCAUCUCUUCAUCUAACAAACAUUUGUUGAAUAACAAUCUGCCUGUCAAAACUUGUCACCCAAAGUCUACAGUGCAAGUGUUUUGUUUUUUUUCACUUACGGCUUUUGUACUGUAUAAUGUCUAAAUGUUUGACUCCUUUGUGCGUGUGUGUGUGUGUACACAUGUUUACAUGUGUAUGUGUUGGGUGAGGCUUUUUAGUACAAACUGUACAGGCAGAAAACGAGCAUGUUAAU